GACCCUUGCUUCAAACCGUUUUAUACAAAUAGGUCUUCACGGAAAGCGGGAAACAAGCAAGUCGUGACACGGAAGAUCGUUUCAUUACAGAGCCAAAAGGUACAAUAUUGGAUUCAUGGAGUUGGUCAAGUUUGCUGUCUUUACAACAAUCAUCUGUCCGUUACUCGUCAUUCAACAGCAAGCUCGCGCAGCUCCUGUGUGUAACGACCUGAAUUCAAAAUGUUCUGAUUACGACGCAAGUUAUUGUAAAUACGACAACAUAAAGCAGCAGUGUCCGCUGACCUGUAAUCAGUGUGGAGCUAUUCAUCCUUCAUCACCGGUAACAUCGAUGACAUCAUCACACCUUAUCGAUGCAACCCAAAGCAGAGCAGUUGUGUUACAAAGCCUUACCGCAACGGAGAGCACUGUGUCGACAUCCCAAGUUACCUCUGUGUCUCAAAGCCUUGUUCCAACGCAGAGCACUGUGUCGACAUCCCAAGCUACCUCUGUGUCUCAAAGCCUCACCCCAACACAGAGCACUGCGUCUAUAUCCCUAAUUCUUAAUCAAAAGCCAAGCAGUGUUGAUCUGUCGCAAGGUGUUCUUAAGAGUCCUCCAACACAAAACACAGAGAUGUUACGAUCAAACUCUACAGGACUCAACAACAUCAAGACACAGAAAUUUGAUAAAGCAUCUGCAUCAAAGACAAAGUUAACACAAGCAAACUUGUUGAUAACACUUGGGAUCUCAUGGAGUUAUCUCAUGUAUUGGUGUUGACCAACAGACAACUUGAAAACUGAAAUGGGUUCGCGAAGUUUCUGUAGAGUGCCUUUUCUUCAUAUGGAGUUGCAAUGUGCUGCAGUGAGAACAAGACAGCUGUUUUAAAGUUAUUGUUAGCAUUGUAGAUUCCCGUUGUACAGUCUUACAAAGUUGUAUAUCACUGUGUAAAUUAUAUUAGUUAUUUAACAAGGGUAGAGGUUUGGCCCUGAUCGAUGGUCAGGUUAUAUGUAUAGGUAAAAUAAACUAAAGGGAGCAUUUUUAAAUAUCUAAAAGAGCAGACCUGUACUAACUGUUAUUUCAGGCCUUGUUUUCCUGACCAGCUUGUAAAUAGAAGCAAACUUAUACCCCCACUGAGGUAUGACGAGGGGCUGGAAAGAGACCCCUCGUUGGGUUUACAUUGUAAUAAGAUUUAGUAUAUACCACACAAGUGAAUAGUGCUUUUCGCGCGCUCUGAUUGGUUA